CCACCCAAUCAAUGUCAUAUGUAGACCCGUCUUAAGCACAGCUGUCCAUAAGCUCCCCAUCUCCAUUCGGUUUCGUUCCUGCCCAUCUGGUGGCGGUUCUUCUCUUCUUGUGCAUUGUCGUCGUUUCGUGAUACCCGAUUGUUUCUUUCACUCUCGAUUAAUUGACUUGCGACCGUCGCGUGGACCAUUCUAAGGUUGCGACGCAGGUGGAACUACUAUCAGCCCUACAGGAGAUAGAAAGACUACGUCCGAGUAUAAUCGAGCAACCAAUUGCACCCAGAAUCGAACCUCAUCGUCAACCCGAGCACCGCAUUGCGCCCCUCCAACAUGCACAUCACACCGCAAUCGCUGCGGACCAUUGCCUGGUCGACCCUCGCCCUUUCCACAGCGCACGCCCAAUAUGUCAUAGAUAACCUCAGCUUUGGCCAGAAAGCUGGCCAACAAAUCUCGCCCGAUUACAAGACAGUCCCUCACUUCGUCGUUCAGGGCUCAGACGACUACGUGCCCCAGGUUCUUUCCGACAGAGUUAUUCUCACGCCUCCAUACCCUGGAGGCAAGCGUGGUUCGAUAUGGGCGCAGGACCCGCUACACCACAGCGGCGACUGGACCGCCGAGUUGGACUUCAGAGCGACUGGCAUGGAGCGUGGAGGCGGUAACCUGCAGUUGUGGUACGUCAAGGACUCACAAGCGCGGGAGACACCAGCGAGCCUGUACACGGCUCCUAAGUUUGACGGACUGGUACUCGUCAUAGACCAGUAUGAAGGACACGGCGGCUCUGUUCGCGGUUUCCUGAACGAUGGAACCAAGGACAUCAGGGCUCACCCUGACCCCGACACAUUGGCCUUUGGCAAAUGCGAUUAUGCAUACAGGAACCGUGGAGAGCUUACGCCUAUCAAAUUGCACCACGCAGAGGGUUUCCUAGAGGUCAUUGUAGACGGAGAAACCUGCUUCAAGACUAACAAGGUCGAUCUCCCUGAAGGCUACUACUUCGGUGUAAGCGCCUCCUCCGCCGAGAACCCUGACUCUUUCGAAGUCCACAAGUUCAUCGUCUCUACCACCAACUCAUACACGCGCGAAGAGCCCAACCUAAGCAAGAAGGACUACAUCAAUUCCCAGCAACAACACCAACAACAGCAAAACCUCGCCGCCCAACAAGGCCACGAACAGCAGACGCACAAGCAGAAUCAAGGGCAGCAGAACUAUGGUUCCUCGACCUCCCAGCAGGACAUCCCCAAGAUGCUCGAAGACGUCCUAGCAGGCAACAUCCGCUCGCAACAAGACCAAUUCGCCGACCUCCACAACCGCAUCCAAAUCAUCAACAACCGCGUCUUCGAAAUCGCCGAGACCGUCACACUUAUCCACAAGGAGAAUAUGGAGCGUUGGGAGGAGCUCCAUCGUCGCAUCGUACCAAUGGACGACCGCGGCGCGGCCACAAUCCGCAAUAUGGAAAAGGUUGAACGCACUACGAUGCAAAUACUGCGAGACUUGGAGAGCAAGGACUACAAGGAUAUGAUGCAGCAAAUUCAUCAUGCGAUGGACAGGAAUCACGGACAUGUCAUGUCGAGUUUGCCUGGCAUGAUGGGUGAUGUUGUUGGCAGCCACGGACCCAGCCUAAUGACCUUUUUCUUCAUCGCAGUCGCUGUUCAGAUUAUGAUUACAGGUGCUUAUAUCGUGUACAAGAAGAGGCGAGGUGGUGCGCCCAAGAAAUACUUGUAAGCCGUUCUCCAGGAGUUUGAGAUGGAUCAAGAGACGUGUACACAUAAGGGUUGGGGGAUGUGUACUAUACGCUGUACCCGAGAAACGUAUUGUUCUCGGUGUGUUUUACGCUACUUGAUAUGGAAUACUACAUGGCAU